AGGUCAAUGGUUUAGUUCCAAGGGUUUCUGCUUGUCCCUGUCGUCCAGCUACAAAGUCCCAGGUUUUGGUACUCUCUCCCUCUCUCAUAUUCUACUCUUUACUUACCAAAUUGUUAGAAUUUUCUCUUUCUGUAUUGAAUCUGUAAUUUCUUUACUCCCCCAUUCUUAUGGAUUCCCAAGAAAAUCAAGAACCCCAUCACUCACCACAACCCACUCAAACUCGCCCCUUGUUCUUCAAAUUCAGUUGCUUCGAUUUAUUGUCAAUACUAGUUCUACUUCUAGCAAUCUUAUUCAGUUUCACCUACACAGACUACUACAAGAUUCAAUUUCUGAAUGCAACUCUCUCACCAGAGUCUUCCCAUUUUCAUAAGCUUCUAGGGUUUCUUCACUCAAACCCAACAACCAAACAAAACCCACAACCAAACCCUAUUUCCAAACCGCCUUAUUGUGUGCUAUGGAUGGCCCCUUUUCUUUCAGGUGGUGGGUAUAGCUCAGAAGCUUGGUCUUAUAUCUUAGCUUUACAUGAAAACAAGAAAAACCCUAGCUUUAGAAUGAGUAUUCAUCAACAUGGUGAUCUUGAAAUUCUUGAGUUUUGGGAGGGUUUGCCUCAGGAGAUGAAAAAAUUGGCUCUUGAGCUUUACCAAACAGAAUGUGAAAUGGAUGAUAAUACCAUUGUGAUAUGUCAUAGUGAGCCUGGUGCUUGGUACCCUCCUCUGUUUCAGACACUCCCAUGCCCACCAACUGGUUAUGAAAAUUACAGAUUCAUAAUUGGUAGGACUAUGUUUGAGACUGAUAGGUUGAAUCCUGAGCACGUAAGGCGGUGUAAUCAAAUGGAUUCUGUAUGGGUUCCUACUGAAUUCCAUGUGUCUACAUUCAUACAAAGUGGGGUUGAUUCGUCGAAGGUUGUGAAAAUUGUUCAACCUGUUGAUGCGAAUUUCUUUGAUCCUGUCAAGUAUAAGCCAUUAGACCUUGCCUCUAUAGGGACUAUAGUUUUGGGCUCAACUCCAUUGAAUUCAAAUCCCGAUAACAAGUUUGUUUUCUUGAGCAUUUUCAAGUGGGAAUAUAGGAAGGGUUGGGAUGUGUUGUUGCAGGCAUACUUAAAAGAAUUCUCUAACGUCGAUGGGGUUGCUUUGUAUUUGUUAACAAAUCCAUAUCACUCCAAUAGAGAUUUUUGCAACAAGAUUGUGGAGUUUGUUGAGGGUUCUGAUUUAGUAAAACCGGUUGAUGGGUGGGCUCCGAUUUACGUGAUCGAUGCCCACAUACCUCACGUAGAUCUCCCAAGACUAUACAACGCAGCUGAUGCAUUUGUUCUUCCAUCAAGAGGGGAAGGAUGGGGCCGGCCUAUUGUGGAGGCCAUGGCAAUGUCGUUGCCAGUGAUCACAACAAAUUGGUCUGGUCCCACUGAGUACAUAACGGAGGAAAAUAGCUAUCCCUUGUCGGUGGAUGUUCUGAGUGAAGUAUCUGAAGGACCGUUCAGAGGGCAUAAAUGGGCUGAGCCUUCUGUUGAUAAGCUUCAAGUUCUGAUAAGGCAUGUGAUGAGUGAUCGUGAAGAAGCUAAGGCUAGAGGAAGGAGAGCGAGGGAAGACAUGAUCAGUAGAUUCUCUCCUGAGAUUGUUGCUGAGAUUGUUACUGAUCGUAUACAUCAGAUACUCAACAAAACGGCUUGAGAUAUUGACUUGAAUUAUGUCCAUUACUAGGAUUUUAUGGCCAAUAUCGCUCGUGUUGCUCGAACUUGAUUUGUUCAGUGAUUGAACUUCUAUCUUGUUAAUAGCUUUCUUGCAACUUCAUGGAAGAUUGUAAGGGAAAGAUGCUAAUGGGAUUUUGGAAAUGCAUGGAUGUUUUUUUCAUAUGUAUUUUAAAUUGUAGAACAACUAAUGUUUUGAAGAAGCAAUGCAAGUUGAAAUUUAUGGGAUAUUUUGCAAAAAUUAAGAUUGAGAUUUUAAA